UUAGAAAGGACAAGAAUGACCGAGAAUCGUCUUAUUCCUGAGUGGAAACAUAUGAAAAAAAUUAUCAGCGAUGUCUUGAAUAAACGCAAGCAAAAAGGGUUACGGCCAGAUGCCGUGAUCUCCCUGAGCGACCAGCCCGAGAUUGUGUUCUCUGAGACCCGCCACCCCCUGAAGAUGCCCACCAUCUGCCACUAUUUCACUGACGCCCACUACUAUGCCUCCCUGGGCUGGAUGAAGGGUAAGGAAAUGAAGGCAGUAGUGUGGAUACAGAUGAAGGUCUAUGACCAUGAGGUGGAGAGGAGAGUUUUCCCUAUGUAUGAGAGCCUGCCUCCUGUCCAGGCUUUGGUGCAUGCUGGGGACCAUCGGGUGUUGGCUGCUUACUGUGGGGACAUGUUCCUUCGCAUCUUUGGAGACCAUACUCGGUUACUCCGGUCCCUGUGUGUCAUGCCCUGUCGCUUCUCCAUCAGCUGCCUAGUCUAUGACCCCAAGUCAGAGAUGCUGCUCUCCGGCAUUGCCGGGGCUGUGGUCAUGUGGAUCAUUGAGCCCAGUGGGCGAGGCCUCCAACUUGCCAAGGAGGUGCCUAUGGCUGGCAAUGAGCUGGUGCAGGACAUCUCCAUGGCUGGCCCCAGUGGGAAUAUGGUGGUGCUCUGUGAAAGCCUGGUACGCCUCUUCAAGCGUUUAGGCCAUGACAGGUUUGAGGAGGCCAAGGUUUUCACGUCUCCAGGCAGUGGCUUACCUGUCACCUGCUCUUUCACCUGUAAUGCCCAGGGGUACCUCUAUACAGGCAAUAAAGCUGGGCAGGUCCAAGCCUGGAGCCUAAACCGAGACCGGGACCGGGACCGGACUUUUCACAGCUUCCAGGCCCACUCCAGGCCAGUGGUAUGCCUCUGCAGCCGGCCUGAGGCCCACACCCUGCUCACAGCUGGGAGAGAAGGCUUGGUCAAGGAGUGGAACCUGACCUUUGGCAACCUCCUGCGGCAAGUGAAUCUCGGGGAAGAGCUCAUCAAUCUGCAAUUCUUCAGACCCAAAGCCUUCUUCUCCCAGACCACCACAACCUUCUCGGUGUAUCAUCUGCCCUGCUUCUAUCGGCUCUUUAACGUCUGUGGCUCCACUCCCCAAGAGGUGCGCGAGGUCUGCUGCGGCAGCAACUCCUCCCGCAUCUCAUGCUACACUGAGGAUGGUCUCCUGCGUUUCCUGUGCCCCCUGACUGGGGAGCUCCUGGUACUGACCUGGCCCUUUGCCCUCCUGGACCAAGCAGUCGACUGGACCUAUGACCCUGACCGGGAGGAGAUCUUCGUGGCCACGGGCAAGCCGGAAGUGCUAGUGCUGGACGCUAGCCGCUGUCCGUGCACCGCCAAGUACCUCUUGUGCGCCUCCCCCGAUGCUGACGACAGGGUGCAGUGUCUGGCCUACGGGAGGCCCCAGCUGAGCCGGGGGCUGGAAGGUUUGGUGUUCUGUGGGCAUGAGAGCGGCACGGUGAGGGUGCUGUCUCAGCAUCACUGUGCCCGCAUUGAGAAGCAUUUGCACUCUGCCACAGUGUUGAUACUUGCAACCCUGACGGGAAUACCCUGCAGCUCCCGGGAGAGCGCCCUCAUCUGUUCCUAUGGCAUGGACGACUACGUGCACUUGUCCGAGGCCGUCCUCGAAGGGGCCACAGUGAACCUGGUGACCCUGACCAGCAUUCUCUGCAGCUGCAAGCUUAGUCAGCUCAUCCUGCUGCCCAAAUCGGUGAGCGCCAUCACUGAAGGCAAUCGCCUGCGCCUCUGGCACUACCAGGACUUCCUCACGAGCCCCGACACCGAACCGGAGAAGUGCUUCUUGGAGACCAAAGCGCUGCACCUGAGCCCCAUCACUUCCUUCGAUGUCUGCCUCAACUUGGGCAUCUUCGUCACCGGCGCUAGCGACGGCACAGUCAAGCUCUGGGACCUCCAAGGCACACUCCUGACCCGCUUUGACUCGGCCCUCAAGUUCGGGGCUCUCUGCUUUGCCAAUGAGAGGGGCGACCUGCUUGUCUCUGUCAACCAGAGCCUUUACUUGGUAUGUUGCCUGAUGCUUCUCCCUACCCAUUUGUUGAGCCGCCUGAUGGCCAUGAACCUACCCGACACAGUGAAGGAGACCCCCAAACCCUUUGUGCCGGGCUUCUUCUUGUCCUUUAAGUCCAUAUUUCUGCCCCGCUACCUUUAUGUGGGCAGUGGGCAGCAGAAGCUAGAAAGGCUGGAGACACUGCCCAACUUCAGAGCGGUUGCCUUUGACCGCUCGGUCCCCCAUGUGGUGCUGGAGGGAGGAGGACCGAUCCCGGCAGCUGAGGACACGUACAAGGAGAGACAGCGGCUCCGGUCUUUUGCCCAAAAGACGAGGGAGGGCCAGCUCCAGCAGCAGGUGCAAGCUGUGCCCUCGGUCCCCCGUGCUACCCAGCUGCUGGGCUGGGACGAAAUGCACAGAUUUCCACUGCUGCGCAAAUAUUUUGGCCAGGGGCGAAAGUGGAUCAUCGCGCCCGAUGGCUACAUCCCCAACUCGGUGGUGCGGGCUUUCCUCUGGCCGGAGGGCACUCCUGUCUUUCUGACCUCUGCGAGCUUGUCCUCCGAGGAGGUGGAGCCAGAAGGGCUUCAGGAGCUACAGGGGCCUCAGCUCGGAGCAGUGCCCACCGUGGCGGAGGAGGAAUUCGGCAUCCGACGCCGGUUAAAGAAGCCCCGCCUAAGCUUGGCAAUACACUCCGAAAAGCUUCAGGACGAGCCCCGCGACGUCUUACUCGACACCCGCACCAGGCUGUCAGAGACAUUGAGUGAGGAGGCCGUGGACAGCGCGAUCCAGUCCCUGCUCGACGUAAUGACCAGUUCGGAGCCAGACAAGUACGGUAAGUGCAUCAAUGCACUGUCACAAAUCUUUGCCUCCUACCAAGUGUCCCCCUUUCUACGCUGGACCACCGCCAAACACCUGAUAGACUACACCUCCCACCUCCUGGCCAUUUUCCGCAAGUUGGCCUGGGAAGGGCUGCAGAAGCUGGGCUUCAUCACCCACCUGUUUGCCAUCCCCUUGGCCUCGGGGCUCAUAGACUCGGAUCCCGAAGUGCGAAGCAAAGCCCGGAAUCUCAUUGUCAACAUCGCAGGCAUCAAAACUAAGAAGGAGCUCCUCCACCUGCUCCUGCGUGAAGGCGUCUACUCUGAACUGCAGAACCAACACAUAGGGAGUGAGCCUCUGAAUGUGGUGCUGGGGAUUCGGCCUGUGGACCUGCAUUUCCUGGCGAAUCAGGUGGACAGAUACCUCGCGGAAAACCUGACCAAGCUUGACAGAGAGAGAGCGUCUCUGUCCUUAGAAGUCACCGACACGGAGAUAGAGGACACAGACACGGAGCUGAUUGAGGCCAUUGAGCACACUAAAAGGCCUUUUGAACUUUCCCCUGAGCGAUCCCCAGAGCCCACCAAGCCUCCCAAAGCGGGCAGACCUCCACGUCUACGCCGGCCAGUCAGGAAGCUGAUCACCAAAACUUCCAAGAAAUUAAAAGAGGGACACAAAAAAUUAAGAGAAGGGGGACGCAAGAAGUCGACAGAAGAAGAAGAGGGACUCAUGAAAUUAACAGAAAAAGAAGAGGAAGAAGAAGAAGGAGAAGAAGGAGGAGGAGGAGAAGAAGAAGGAGAAGAAGGACCCAUGAAAUUACAAGAAGAGAAACAAAAGAAAUCAAAAGAAAAAGGGAGACCCAUCAUGAUGCCUCACGAACACAAGGAGAUGGAAGCUGUUGAGAGAAUAGUAGUUGAUAGAAGAGCUAUUUCUCGGACACCUUCUACAUUUUCCUCUGCCCCUUUCUCAGUAACUGCAGAUGUGCACAAAUACGAAGCCCUACCUGACUAUGUGGACGUGAGCCUGAAGGUGAUGAGGAAAACUCGCAGCAAAAGAACCAAGAAAAAGAAGCAGGAAAUGCUCAAGAAAGAAAAAGUGUUGAAGGAAAAAGUGGUGAAGGAGGAGGUCCAGGACAUAGUAGAAGCCCCCCCCGAACAUGAGAAAAAGCCAGGGAUGCAGGUUUCUUGGCGGGAUGACAUUUGCCACCUCAUGACCAUGCGCAUUUCCACCUCAGAGGAGACCAUGGCCAAGGACUUGAGUGAGGAGCUGGUGACCUUGGCCCGGGAGGUACUGGUGGAGCGGCAGCCCAGCUGGGAACUGUUUCAGGAGAUCUGCCCCCUGGUGAAGUUGCCAAGCCAGGAGCCAGUCGGAGAUGUAGGACAAUGUGUGGAGGAGCUGGAAGAGGAGAUGGAGGAAUUGGAGAUCACCCCUCCAUCCUCCCCAAGAUCCAGGCAAAAGAAAGUCUUCUUCAUUGAAGAGCAUGAUCUCACUAAGCAAGAAAUGAAGCUGUCCAAGCAGGCGAAGAGACUGGCCAGGAAAGAGAGAAUGCUUGCCAGGAAGGCGCAUGAGCUGGCCGUAGUGGAGGAGGAACUAGCCAGGCGAGGGGACCAACUGAGCAGGGAGCAUGAGCUGCUGGCCGAGGAGCAGGAGGCACUGGCCAAGGAAGAAGACAAUUUGACCAAAGAAGAGACAUUUGUGAUCCAGGAAGAGGACAUCCUGAUCCAAGAUGACACAACACCCGAAGAACUCAAGUUGUUCAAAGAGGAAAUGAAGGAAACCAAAGAAGACAUUAGACUGACGAGGAAGGAGAGGAUCAAGUCCAAAGAAGAGAGCAGAAAGGCCAGGGAGCCAAAGAAAAAGGUCAGGAUAACUUCUUUCAAGGAUUUCAAAUCAGACACAGAGAAGAUGUCGGCCACUGAUCAAAGGAAACAGAUGAAGGAGAAGAGGGACCUCAUAAAACUGAAAAUGGAAAAAGCUCGGGAGGAGAGAAUCCAGGCCUGGGAGGACCGAAUGCAAGCCCAAGAAGAAAGAGAGCUGACUCUUUUUGCCAAAUAUGCCCUGGCAGAAGAACAGAGGACAGAGGGUGAACAGGCACUGGCCUGGUCCCCUGAAGAGAAGAAGAUUAUCGAAGAAGAGAGGAAACUGACUCUGGAAGAGCUGGAAGUGAUCCAGGAAGAGAAGAGGCAGACCCAGAAGGAGUUAAUGCUGACCCAAAAAGAAAUGAUGAUGAUACAGAAGGAGAUAGAACUGAACAAGGAGCAGCAGACACUGCCCGAUGAGGAGAUCAAGCUGCUUGCGGAGGAGCAGAGAUUGGCCCGAGAUAGACGUCAGCGGGAGAAGAGGAAGCUCCGCUCCUCAGAACAGGAGCCAACCCUGGAAAAGGGGAAAGAGGGGAAGGAAGAAGAGGCCCUACCUGGGGAAGAGGAGGAUCAUCUGCUCGAGGAAGGGAAGUUUAUCUCCACAAAGGUUGGUACUGAGGGAGCAAAGAGACUUCAUCAUAAGAUGAAAAUGGUAUUGCCCACUGGGGAGCAAGAGCUAAUGCAAGAAUUGGUGGAAGUGGAGGAAGAUGAGGAAGAAGAAGAGGAAGGGGAAGAAGAAGAGGAAGAGGAGGAAGAGGGGGAAGAGGAAGAAGAGGAAGAGCAGGAGGAGAAAAAGCUGUUGCUGGAAGGUGAGGAGCAGCCAGAGAAAAGGAAGGAAUUCACUAUAGAAGAGGAGGCCUUGCCUGCUGAGAAGCAGAGGCUGUUCACUACUCAGAGGCACCUGACCCAGCAAGAGCUUGAGAUAACCAAGAAAGAAAGGAUGCUGGUCAUUAAGAAGAUGGAACUGAUCACAGAAGAGAAGCUAGCGGCCCAGAAAUUACUAGAAAUAGCUGAUGAGACAUGGACUCAGCAUCUGCUGGAAAUGAAAAAGACUGAGGAAGAAAUUGAGGAGGCCCGAGAUGAGCGGAGGUGGAUCAGCCUGCAGAGACAGCAGAUCUCUGAAGGGAGGAAGCUGUCCCAGGACUUGCUUCUGGAAGAAGAAGACGGGCGCCCAGAGUCCUCAGCCAGGGCAAAACUACAAAAGGACCGAAGGAAGCUGAUGAUCAUUGAGAAGAGGCUGGCUGAAGAGGAGAAGGAACUAGCCAAGGCGCAAAGGAAACUGGCCAAGGAGGAAAAGGUGCUGAUGAAAGAGCAGAAGAAGCUGACAAAGAGAGAGAAGAGAAUCACCAGGAUGGAGCGCCAGUUGGCUUUGUUGGAAAGAAAAAUGACCUUAGAGGAGAACCUGAAGCAGGAAGCAGUUGAGACUGAAAGCAUAAGAGACACCAUGGAAUUCAUCCGAUGGCAAAGGCUGAAGGUUCUGGAACUCCAGAGGAUAGAAGCUGCACAGGAGGCUGAGAAGGCCAAAUCUGUGUUUUCGGAGGAGGUAAAGCUGGCUGACGAGGAGGAAGAAGAGGAGGAAGAAGAGGAGGAAGAGGAGGAAGAAGAGGAGGAAGAGGAAGAAAUGGCUGACUCUACCAGGAAGAUAAUUCCCACUGAGGAAUUGGUCCAACCAAAGGUCCUUGGCCAGGCUAUUGAAACAGUGGAGAAGGAGGCCAAAGUCAAACAGAAGGAAGAUGUUAUUGUGGAAAAGGCUAGGCUGGAAGUUGAGGGGAAAAUGUUGCCUCAGAAAGAGAUGGCACUGGAAUCAAUUGCAGAGCCUCCACCACCACCACCACCACCACCAGAGCAGGCCACAGCCUCCCCCCGGCCCAGUGAAUCCCAGGAAGAGAUGAUAAAGCUAAUGCUCCAUGCCAGGGCCAAGCACAGGCCCAGACCCCCACUAAGGUUUCCACCCAAGUCAAAGGAGGCAAUGGCCUCAGGCCUGAAGCCCUUGAAGGCCAAGAAGGCCCAGCCAUCUGAAGUGCAGCCAGUGACUCCUACCCUGGGACCUGCUGCUGUGGCUCCCCCAAAGAAGUCAGCCAGAGACCACUGGAGGUGGUUUCUGCGGAUUCAUCAGACUGUCACAGCCUUCAAGAGCCCCAUAGCCCGACGCCAAAGAGCCCUGGCUUUUGUGUGUAGAGCAUUCUCCCGCAAGACCCACAAAGGAGGAGGCUGGGACCGAUUCCAGGUUGCCCUGAGGAAGCUUCGAGAACUAAGUAAGAUUACCAAAAAAAACAUAGACGAGCUUUGCUGGCUGCUAGAGCAGACAUCACCCUUGAAGCAGAUGGAGUGGGUGCAGAUGGCUAAUCUGGAGGCCAUUGCCUCCAAAUGGGAGGUCCCCAAACCUCCCCAAUCAGUCCCUGAGGAUGCUGCUAGAGUCCUGCCCACCAUGGAAGUCAUCCCUCCCAGACCUGCACCCAGAAAAAGCUUCCUGGUGCCCGAGCUCCCCUCUCUCUCUGGGCCAUUCAUUCAGUAUGGUCUCCUCACCCACCUCAUUGCCUCAAGUAAGGCCAUAGACAGCAAACCAGAGUUCUUUGAAUCAAUCAUGAAAGACCUGGAUAAGAUUUCUUCCAUUUACUCGGCAAAGAUCCUUGAGAUCUUGAAACUCCAGCAAAAUGUUCAGUUCUGGAAUGCCAAGAUAAGGGACCAUCAGCUGCUCAGGGUGAAGGCAAAGAAAGUACUAUUACCCCCUGCAGCAAGGCCUGGACCCCCAGGAAGAUCCCCACCUACUACAGCAAGGCUUGGACCCCCAGAAGGAUUCCUGCCCACUGUAGCCAUGCAGAAGCCCUGGCCCCAGCCCCAGCGCCAGCCCCAGCCCUUGCCCUUUUCAGUGAAGACAGAUGCAAAGAAGAUGCAGUGGGAGACUUUCCUGGCACUCUACCAUGUCCUCCUAGCAGUACAGAAGCAGCAGGACCAAUCCACAAGCUCCACAUUGAUAGACCAGGUCUGCCACGUUUUAGAGCUCUACCAAGUCAAGACUCCAAAGAUGCAGCAGCUGCUACAGAAGCUCUUGGACCGGAAAGCCCACCCCCUUCAGGAGAUCAUCUACAAAAAAGCCUUGCAGGUCACUGAGCUGGUCCCUGGAGAGCGGAUCCUCUACCAUCUCCUGUGUAACAAUGAAUUGCCUCCACCAGAGCCAUUCAGCUUCCGGUUGGUGGUGCCGCUGCCAGAGAAGAACCAGGUGCACACAGUCCUGCCCUUGGGCAAGACCCGUUAUGGCCUCCUAGAGCUAGCCUGGAGGAGUCUGCCUCAACCAGACCCCCAUCAGGCUGAGGUUCUGCCCCGAAUCCCCACCGCUACUUCCCAAUGA